AACAAACAUGGCGUCAACAAUAACAAACAACAAGAGCGCUGUCAAAAGUGUGAAUCAUAUCAUAUGUAAUGACUGAUGACUUAUUAGGAUAAAAACAAUUAUAAAAACAUCAACAAAAUGUCAUCUGGUCAUUUGUCAGGAGGUAGAUUAAACAUUGGAUUAAUUCAAGAAGAAGCUAGAAAACAACUUGUCAAUUUAAUUGAAAAAUGUGAUGGAACAAAGGCAAUUGUUUGGGAUCGUUCAUUGGAUGGUCCAGUUGGUCUAAUAGCAAGAUACAGUCUUCUUGAAGAAUAUGGAGUUGUAAAAAUGUAUCAACUUGUUGGUGGACAAUUGCCACCAACUAAUGUCAAUAAUAUUAUUUUUAUUGUUCGUCCACAACUUGAAUUAAUGGAUUUAAUUGCUGAAAAUGUUCAUGGUGAACAAAAAAGAUCACCAACAAAAGAAUUUCAUAUAUUUUUUUUUCCACGUAAAAGUUUACUUUGUGAAAAAAAAUUAGAAAAUCGUGGUGUACGUGGUAAUUUUACAUUGAUUGAAGAAUUUCCAUGUGAUUUAUUUCCAUUUGACAAUGAUUUAGUGUCAAUGGAACUUGAUAAAACAUAUAAAGAAUUUUUUUUAGAAAGUGAUCCAACAUGUAUGUAUCAAGUUGCUCAAGCAAUUCGUCGUAUACAACGUUUAUAUGGUAAAAUACCACAUGUCACUGGACGUGGUCCAGCAGCAAUGAAAGUAUGGGAAUUGAUGAAACGUCUUGAACGUGAAGAUGAUGAUGAUAAUGGCAAUGGCAAUGGCAAUAAUAAUAAUAGUAUAAAUAAAUUAAAAUUAAAUAAUAAUACAAAUAUCAAUAAUAAUAUUGAACAUUUAUUAUUAAUUGAUAGAAGUAUUGAUUUAUUAUCACCACUUGUAACACAAUUAACAUAUGAAGGUUUAAUUGAUGAAAUAUUUGGUAUUAAAAAUACAACAGUACAAUUACCAGCAAAUAAAUUUCAUGAUAAUGAUGAUUCACCAACAGUUAUGUCUGUUGAUAAAAAUGAAAAAAUAAUAUUAAAUUCUGGUGAAGAAUUAUUUGGUGAAAUACGUGAUAAAAAUUUUAAUGGUGUUGGUCCAGUAUUGAGUCAAAAAGCAAAAACAAUAUCAUCAUUAUUUGAUGAAAGACAUGGUGAUAAAAGUGUACAAGAAAUUAAACAAUUUGUUGCUAAAUUACCACAUAUGCUUGCAACAAAACAAUCUUUAGCAAAACAUACAACAAUUGCUGAAAUGAUUAAACAAGUUACUGAUUCAAAUGAUUUUCUUGAAUUUUUACAAAUUGAACAAGAAUUAUUAAAUUGCAUUGAUACUGAUAAGCCAAAUUCAUUUAUUGAAGAUUGUAUUGCACAAAAAAAACCAAUAAUUAAAGUAUUAAGAUUAUUGUGUAUACAAUCAUUAACAAAUUCUGGCUUUAAACAAAAAUUAUUUGAUUAUUAUAAACGUGAAAUUGUGCAAACAUAUGGCUAUCAAUAUUUACCAACAUUAUUAAAUUUUGAAAAAGCUGGAUUAUUUAAAUUACAACAAUCACAAAGACAAUAUUCUGUAUUAAGAAAAGCAUUACGUUUAACUGUUGAAGAUGAAAGUGAAAUUGCACCAAAAGACAUAAGCUAUGUUCAUUCUGUUUAUGCACCAUUGAGUGUCAGACUUGCUGAACAACUUGUACAACCUGGUGGCUGGCAAGGACUAAAUGAUGUACUUGGUCUAUUACCUGGACCUGGUAUCAGCAGUGAUACAAGAGUAAAUGUAUCUGGAAUAAAAAGAAAUUCAAUAACAAGUGAAGACUUAACUUCAGAACCACCAAGACUUGUUCUUGUUUUUUUUAUUGGUGGAUGUACAUAUGCUGAAAUUUCAGCACUCAGAUUUCUAUCACAACAAGAAGAUCUUAAUGUUGAAUUUGUCAUUGGAACAACAAAAUUAAUAAAUGGAAAUACAUUUUUAAAAUCUUUAAUGGAAGAUUUACAAAGUUAAUUAACUAUAUAAAUUUAUUAUUUGUACACUUGUUUUUUUGUUAUUUUCGUAUAAAUUUAAAAAACAAACUAAAAAAAAAUAUACAUAUUCAUAUUCAUAUUACAUAUAAGUACUGUGAAAUAUAAUAUAAUAAAAUGAUGAUGAUGAUUAUUAUUAUUAUGUUGAGGUUAUUGCUUCAGGUCGCAUAUGACCAGAUUCACCAUAAACUCUAAGUGAUACUCUACCACUUGGACGUAUUGUUAUCCAAGUUAUACUUCCAUUAUUAAUUGAUAAACGUAACCAGCCUUCUGGUGGAAAUUGUAGUGCCCUAGAAAAAAAAAAUAAAAAUAAACAAAUUAAUUGAUGAUAAUAAAAAA